AUGGCACCACGACGCUCAGCCAGGAUCAGUAAUGUAUCCGAUCUAAAGCCCGCAGAGGUAUUGAAAUCAACUGCAAAGGACAGCAAGAGCGCAGGUACAAGCAAAGAAAAGACAAAUGCCAGCAAUGGAAAUGGCGUAACAAAGAAAUCGAGAAAGCCACCGACUAGAAGAACGACUCGAGAAAAGCAAACCGAGAGAGACACUGCUGGCUCUGCUCCAGAAGAAGCCUGGGCAACGCCGCAAACACCAUCAAAGCACCGAGAUGUCACUUCAAUAGCAGACAAUCUCAUACUAACUCCGCCUCAACCUCCAAGACUCGAUCGACCCGUCGAACCUCACACGACAAAUGCAACACUGGUAACACCACGAGGCAGUUCAGUCGUCGCCUACCCAUCCAUUGAAGACAUCUCACCCAGCAAAACAGGUCUACCCCGACCUACAGCCACAACAGGAACCUUACUCGAAAAGGCACUUGAGCAUUUGAUUGCCGUCGAUGCUCGACUCAAACCCGUUGUUGAACAGCAUCAUUGUCACCUGUUUUCACCGGAAGGAUUGGCAGAGCAAAUUGACCCCUUUGACAGUCUGGUAAGUAGUGUCAUCGGGCAACAGGUUUCCGGUGCAGCAGCACGAUCAAUCAAGAAUAAAUUCUUAGAUUUAUUCGACACCGAAACUGGUGAUCUGCAAGCAGAUGCAACAACAAAGGCAAAAAGACGCUUCCCAACACCCGCUCAAGUAGCGAAACUAGACAUCCCAACUCUCCGCACAGCAGGCCUCUCUCAACGCAAAGCAGAAUACAUCCAGGGCCUCGCCGAGAAAUUCUCUAAUGGUGAACUAUCGACCCAAAAGCUGCUCCGGGCCUCCGAUGAGGAGGUUAUGGAGAUGCUCAUUGCCGUGCGCGGAUUGGGUCGUUGGUCGGUGGAGAUGUUUUCGUGUUUUGCGUUGAAGAGGACGGAUGUCUUUUCGACGGGGGAUUUGGGUGUGCAGUAUGUCUUCUUCUUCUUUGCUCUGCGUGUCAUGUACUGA